CAAAACUAGAAGUUUGCGCAAGGCUUUUCAUUUCCCUGAAAAAUCCAACACGUGUGCCUCUAAAUUUAUGAAGUGAAUAGGAUCUUUAUCGUCAAUCUAGCAGUAAACGAUAGACACAUCGAUCAGUCAAAGAAAUGGACGCAAACGGCCAAUUUGUACUUACCGAAAAAUGCUUUUUGGAGAUAAUGAAUUACGUGAUUGUUAAUUGCAAGAAGAAAGAGCAAUGCAGCUGGCUGAGUCAAGCUUAUCAUUACGAUGAUUUAAUAAAUCUCGUGCUGGCCCAUGAACCACUCCUGGACCUGUUUAAAACUCAUCACAAACAGCUGUACGAGGAACUUGUGUUGGCUCUUGCGUGCGGAGUCACAAAGUUACUGAUAGACCUACGAGUCAACAAGUCAUCAAACAGAAACGAAUUAUUUUUUAUAUCCCACCUAAAAACUAUCAGAGAAGAAAAUCCUUUUGCUGUUGAGCUAUACUUUGGCCAUCGUAGAGAUAACCACAGGGAUCUCGCUUACGUAAUCAUUGGAAUAAAAGGAUUCACAACGGACCUUAAAAACUUUGCGAAGCUAAUGUUAAAUGGAAAUAUUACAGAAAAAGUAUUAGAAAAGAUUUGCACGCUUAUCCCAAAUUUAAAAAAGUUGAACUUGGAUAAAAUUGUACCCGAUGGUAGUCUUUCAAGUAUCGUAAACCAUUGUGGGAAUCUUGAAGUGCUGAGAAUUACGUUAGGCCCGGGAUGCGAUGUUACUCAAUUUGCAUCGUUUGCUAAGUUGCCGAACCUUAAAAAGUUUACUAUAGAUAAAAUCCAAAAAAGCGGUUCACAAUUGCUUUUCUUUAAUGAUUUAAAAAGAUGGCACAGACCCAAAAGUCUUCGACCUUUGACCCUGACCACCGAAGAUCGUAUAAUGGAUGAAAGUCAGCCUAUUACGUUUGCGACUUUUGACUCGUUAAGUUAUUUGGAGAUAUGCGAACUAUUAGAUAAGCGUAAAAUGUGUAAUUCACCUAAUUCGAACCUUUUUUUUAUAAGCAAAUACGAUUUAAAUCAAGAAUUGAAAGACAGUUGUUCAGUAGAGGAAUCACUAGUAACCAUAGCAAGUAAUCAAGUAAGGAUUAAGUUUGACCGUCGCGAUGGAGAACUUGUGAUAAAAUUAAAUGAGCAGUCGUACAUUAGCCAAUUGGGUUCUCUAUCAAAGCUACCCAAUCUAAGUCGCUUGGUUAUACAUCAAAAAUGCAACACAAUUGCACACUUUCUACAAUCAAUGGUCCCCAAAGGUUCAUUUGCUCUGAAAUCGAUUAAAAUGAAUUACCAAACAUUAGAUCAAUCAGAGUGCAUAGAACUUGCGAAAAUAGAGUCAGUUCGAUUUUUAGAGUGCAAUUUUUUCAAAUGGCAUUUAAUGGAGUCCUUAAAUCAAUUAACUAACCUGCAACACCUGCGAAUCGAAGUUCGCCACGAUGUUAUUGAUUCCAAUACUUCAAGGCUUAUACCCAAACUGUUAACCGUAUGUCAAGUGCAAGCUUCCAUAAAGUGCGAACGAUUUCAUAUUGUCUUUAAAAAAAAGGAAAAAAAGCUGGAGAUAUAUGUGGGAGUAAACUUAGAUGCCGAACUUUUGACUCCUCUGGCUCAACUUUCGGGCGUUAGCACCCUCAAAAUCUCAGCGUGGCCAAAUUUUAAAUCACUUAAUUCACUCUUCGAAGCAUUCGCCACCUGCAAUUUCAGCGCCAUCGAAGAAAUAAAUCUAAAGGAAUUAGAAGAAACAGAUUUUGAAGACAUAUCAAAAAUGUCUGAAAUACAAACUAUUAAGAAACUAACGGGCUCCUUUUCAAAUCUGAAUGGAAUUGAGAAAUUGGGAAACUUGAAUAAUCUUGAGGACUUAAAUAUAUUUCAAGAUGAAAAUAUUGGGAUAGUUUUUACAAAAGAUUCAAACAUAAAUCUGACGCCACUUUUUUUAAAACUUUCCGAAAAGAAUAUAAUUCAAAAAUUUGCAUUAACCAAAGAUUUCCUUCCCGAAGAAGUUGCAAAUGUUUCCCAAAUAAGGUCACUGAGAAAACUGAAUUGCUAUUUCUCUGAAGUGAAAGACACCCAAUCCUUGUCCGAGUUAGCAAACUCGCAUAUUGAAGAAUUGACCGUGAACAGUUUAGAUAGAAGCGAUUCCCUACAUAUUUUAUUUGCAGCGUUUUCUUCAAAUAGUAGAACUAGGCUGAAGCAUUUGAAAAUUACGGACAAAACUCUUAACAUAGCAGAAAUGUCUGAAAUUUCUAAAAUACAUGGUCUUACAAAAUUGGAUGCAGGAUUCUGCAGUUCAGAAUGUGCUCAAAUGAUAGUUCGACUGCCAAAUCUAGAGCACUUGGUAAUAAAAAGUUGUUACGGAGGCAAAAUUGUUAAUUUUGAAAAUCUUUUGCGAGAUUUGGUACACAAGUUACCAUAUACUCUCCAAAAUUUGGACUUGCAGUUCCCAAUUGGAUUCAUCGAAUGUUGCUAUUUGAGCCAGCUUGAAUCUUUGAAGUCUUUAAAAUGCAUAUUGCGCAGUGAGCCGGGCUUAGAUGUUUUGGCAAAAAUAAAAAAUCUUCAAGAACUGAUCAUCUGUGAGACAUGGCACCCGGUCAAUGAACUUUUCCGUGCUUUUAGUCUUAAAACUGAGCCAAUGUUACGAGAAUUGAAAACACCAAUUGUGUGUUCUGCUGAGAUCCGUGAAAUAUCGCAAAUUAAAUCGCUUACAAAAUUAAAUAUUGACUUCAUGAUGAAUACAUGUGACAACUUGUCAGACCUAAGUCAACUAAACGAACUUAAAUCAUUGUCCAUAGUUGAGAAUGGUGUAGAAUUGGCCAGAAUAGAAAGCAAUGGCUUACUGCCGAUUUUUCAAUCUUGUCAAAAGCUCGAUUGCGUGACAUUGAAAUUUUCAGAAUAUGGUGCUGAGGCCCCAAACUUUGUAAGCGAAGUUAACACCAUUCUAAAGUCUGUAAGGGAUCCUGCACUUCAAGAACCGUUGACACUUACUCUACAUCACGAAUCAACUUUUCCGAGAUUUCAUGUAGAAGACAUUGAUGACGCGUAUUUAAACGUUUCCUAUUCCUAUGAAACUCAUGGUGCAGAAGUUAAAAAUGGUUCUGAUGGUGAAGAAUCUGAGUACUCUGAAUAAAUUACUAUGACAGCUGAUAUUUUUUGAAACACCAAUGAUUUUUAUAGGGAUAACUAUUCUAAUAAUUAUUUAGAAUUUUCGUGAAUACAUAUUAGCCAAAACCUUGAUAUGGUAAUAUGUGGCAUAAUAUUUUCCUC